CGACGACAGGAACUUCGUCUAGUGCCCGACAGCCAGUAAAGCAGCUCAUCUUACCCACCACCCCGCUUCAUGAAUGAUUUAGAUCAACAAGACUUCAGAAAGAUUAUUCACCAUCCAUUUUCCACUACAUACCCACCAGAGCUUAGCGCUCGUGAUCUUCAACUUGACUCAUAUUCAGACAUAAUUCAUUUUCUCACCCAUCAAUUACUUGGUUCAUGAUGGCCUCCGUAUCGUCAGUUGGUACCCCAAUCGACCCCACGGGGUCCACGACCCUGAAUCCUCCGCCCAGUGUCGAAGAGAUCGUCCAGAACACUCUCAAGAUGGUGAACAAACACGAGAACUUAUUCCACGAACCACCAGCAAUAUCUCUUACAUCAUCAUCAGCUACCACGGGCAAACCUUUCCAGAACAGCGACUUCCAGCUCCUGAUAUCAAAAGCAAUUGCAGAAUCUCAGUCACAACUUCCUCUUAUCAACGAGAAAAUCGAAGCAGCAUCCCCAGUCUCUUCCAUAUGGAGAAUGACGCCGAAACUACUUCAAGAACCGAUCACUGAUACAGCAUCAUGCGCCCGAGCAGCUAUCCUCUUUACUCACAUGUUGGCGCAUGCUCCAUUCUACGCACAUCUGGGAGGAGAGUCACAAGCUCCUCCAAUCAUCCGGUGGAUCAUUCUUAACGCUGAUGAGGCCACGAGGGAACUCAUCGGCAAAAUCAGGACUACCAUCAAAAUCUUGAUUGCAGACAACACUCAGUUCGAACUCGCAAUGAAGACAGCCUUCUUCGCGAGCCCGACAUACUUGCCGAAGCUGGGACAUUACUGCCUGCUACUACAAGAUGUCCGCAGUCGUACUCUCAUGCAAGCAGGGACAUCUGCUGCAGGACUCCAAGUUUUCAGGGAAACUAUCUCCUUCUUCAACCCAGUUGAGACCUUAGUUGACAUCUUAGGGAAGCAACUCCCAACGUUGGCCUCAGCACUCAGGGCAGACAUGACGGCAGAUGGCAAGCUGCAACUGUUAUCACACACCACACCUACCGGACUUUCUUACGGUCUUCUCUCAACAACAAGAGAGAAUCCAUCUACAACAAAGCUACAUCCAUCUCUACUCUUUCUUCGCCAACUAAUCAGCAUGGUCUUCACAUUUCAUGUAUAUAGGCUAUAGGCGAAGACCAUGCAACCCAGUGCGAGGAAAGAGCAUUACACCUUCACACACCCUCCCAAGUCUAUUGAUCGACUUUUAUCCACGAGUCCGAGGAACUACCCCCUCUAACAACCUACUCCGAAGGUAUGGCCCUUUAAGAAUCCGGUCCACACUAGCAACUUCACAGAGGCCUACGACAAGCUAUGCAAAGAAUCCGCGGCCAGCAGGUUAGCAGGUUCAUCGGCAACAUCGAACGCCGAGUCACAACAAUCAGACCCCUUCAUCACGGCGAGAUCAAAUCACCAAGGAGGAAAAGGAGGAGGCAAGACGAACUUCGUAGACCUAGCAGCAAUUGCAGAGGGCCAGGACCUCGAACAUCAUGAUCGUCACAUGUCAGAGCGUGCAGUUCCCCAGCACAUGUUCCAGAGCGCAGGGUUCAUGCGAGGGGGCUACACUCCAAGAGGAGCCGCACAGAGUAUUAAUGCAUCCUACUACGCUCCCGGCCUAGACCUCUCAAAUGACAACAUCCACCACCCGCAAGGCAGAAACAUCCUCCAAGCCAUAGGCGCAGGCACCACAGGCUCAUCAAAGUAUCUCGAAGUAGGAGCUUUUCACUUAUACGUCGCACCAUACCAAGAGACAGACGAGAUUCCGGUGACAGAAUGGCCGGUAGUCAAGAUGCUGGCAGGUGUGUUGAAUCCCAGGCUAUUUCGAUGUCUCAGGAGGCUGGUGUUCGAUAUUAUCAUCUUUCGAAUCACCAAAUCAGGGCCUCCUCCAACGCACCUGGACCACGACUGGUUCUCAGGUCUUGCGUCUCAAGCUCUCCUAAGCACGGCGGCUACCAGAUUGGAUGAAGACCAGGAGUAUUUUGAAGAAUUUAUCUUCGAUAUCACCAUCUGCAUCAUGAGCAGCCUUUUGACCAAGAGACGAUGGGAGAGAGCAGCUGAGGCUGACAAGGGCACCAAACUAGAAGUCAAGGAAGUUGUGUGGCCCAACGAAUUCACGGAGAAGUCCAGGGCCAUCACCCUGUUCCAGUCUAUCACCAACGCAGCCAAAGCAGACAAAGGCGCAGACUAUCUCAUCUUUGAAUACAAGUCACCGUCAGAGCUUCUAGCUCUCUUCUCAGCUAUAGAAAAAGUCCGGGUAGUAGUAGAAACUUGUAGAUCGGCCUUCGGUCAUGACCCUCAAGACGCAGACAUCACAACAGCGCCUGCACUUGUUUCUGAGUUCUAUCUAGUGGACAUCAUCACCGGCAUCAUCUUUCGCAUAGCGAAACUUUGGACCGAAGACCCAGUCUCCAAAAUCCAGAACUGCCAGCUACUGCGUAGUAAACUCAAAUCGCACAACGUCGCCAGCCACUACCUACAAAAAUCAUCCCCACAUGCAGCGCUCUUUCUAGUAGAUUUCGCGAUGAACAUCAAAGGUUCUCCAAUUAACGAAACCACACCCAACAGUAUCUUUCAACAACUCGUCCAGCAUCCACAGUUUAUCAAAAACCAGACCAAGGGCUUCAAUCACAAGGGAAAGCCCAUCAACUACGACAAGAAUGGCAAGAGCAAGAACAAACAAGGCAAAGAUCAAGGUUACUUCAAAGGGAAAGGCCCUACCAGUUUUAUCAACUUAGGAAGUACCUCAUUCAAACGACAGAACGACGAAUCAUCGUACAGCAGCAGCCCAGAGAAGACACCGAAGAACUACUCACAACAGCCGCCAGCUCAGAAAUCCAGCUUUGUCAUGAUGCUUGAAGAAGCUCGGGGGAAGAUCCUCGAGUCACAACUGCUGUACGAAGAUGUCACUCACGAUGUACUGAAGAAAACUCCAAAGUUAUGUCUACCACAUCUUGCUGAAAGAUUGGAUCUCAAGAACGAUAAAGGCGACUGCAUAUUUUGUAAGUGGGGCAAUGACUGCCGUCGCGAUCCACAACACUCUACUACCAACGAAUAUGCAAAAACUAAGAAGAAACUUUAACUUUCACAUCAAUCCAUCACCGAUGAAAUUAGAGCCAGAGCGCUAAUCACCAUGAAAUUAAAAACGUCUCAUCUGUUAAAUCCUCCAAGAGAUGAUCACUAAGCUCCGAGACCACGAGUAUUUUUCAUAAAGCAAGUUUGUCAAACAUGUCGUCAUAUGUGAGCACCAAUGUACCUUCAACACAACUUGCUAGCAAAAUGUCAGUCAUUCGACAAAAUGUACGCAAAUUAAUCGACGCCAACAAGUAACCCGCAGUGGC